AUGGUCUCGCCAUCUGCCAAUUGGCACUAUUUGAUUGCGGUCCCGGGCGUUGCGCAGCAGGAAUGCGUCGCUGAAACGGUGACGGCUAACCCGCUGUCGAGGAUGCAGUCGUCAUCUUCGUCGUCGCUGUCGUCGGCAAUCGCCAUCGCCAGACCUUGUCCUGUGGCGCGCGAGCCGUUGCGACCUCUUUUUUUUAACGACAGCUAG